AUGCCCUCUCCGACGCCCUCCCCUCGCCCCUCCCCGUCCUCGAACCUCCCCGCCCCGCCUCCAGCAGACCGCGCACCGCCCCCCAAAGGACGCACCCACCAGUUCACACUCCUCAGAAAGGGCAGGGACAGGCAGAAGCGACUCCCCACCGAUCUCGAGGAUGACUGGACCAUAGAAGGCAUGUCGCCGCAUCCUGUCCAGCACAACGAGCUUCUCGACGACCCACAACCGGCGCCAGAGCCAGAACCCAUAGUCCCAGAGAUCCCGGUACGCGAAGAGGCCAAGAAACCUCCCAGCAAGGGCCGGCAGCUGGUCAAAAAGACCUCACGCCUGUUCAGUCGGGACAAGGACAGAGAAGGAGACUCUUCCUUGGCACCCAGCAGCUCUUCUUCCCUCGUAGCCUCCCGGCAGACAUCCGCCAGCUCUGCCGACUCGCAACCCACCGGCUCGGCCUCCCGGACACGUCCCUCUGCCUUUAUACAACGCCACUCUUCCAUGCAGUCCAAGAGCAGGUCUCCGCGGACUAGCUUUGGCCAGCCAACGCAUUCCCGCCGCGCGUCCCAAGACUCGCAGUCGUCAUGGCAAGCGCCGAGAUCGAUCCGGUCGUUUGCAUCCACCGACACUGAACCAUCUGCCCCGCGCGGUCUGCCCAUCCCUCAACGGCAAGGCGCGUCCAUUCCUUCCUUGUCACGGCAGUCCCUGCCACAACCUAUCAACGUGAAUUCUCGAAGUCCAGAGACGAUACCUGGGCGCAUGUCUUCUUGGUUCUCUCAUCUUUUGCCUACAGCCGAGAACCAGCCCGCAUCUCUGGGCUCGUCCCCAGGCGCCGAAGCCACCUCUCCUAUCCGUAAACAACCUUCCGUCGCCGCUUCCCUAUUCAACGUCGCAAGACAGAAAGCCGUCGACGGUGUACGGCACCUGCUGGAUUCAGAAGCACAGCCAGACAAGUGCAUGGACACCAUCUGGAUGCGUGGUGUGGGCCACCCGGGGUACCGUCCAAAGACACCCGAUACCACCUCGAGUCCUCUGCCCAGCGUGGAAGGAGUGCAGGAAGAGGGAAGGCGGUCGUCCCUCUCGAUGAACAGGCCUUCGCCCACGGGACUUCGGCCCUCUUCUUGGAGGAGGAACGCAUCUAUUUCCCAGGGUAUACCCACUCAGGCGAAUCAGUCUACGCCACCGAAUAAAGGUUUCACAAAUCUCUUCAAUAGCUCGUCAUUGUCUUUGGCCAUGCCUAUAGGAUCCUCGCCUAGCAAGGAGAAGGAGGGGCCGGAUAGCCCGAAUAAGAAGAAGCCUGGAAAGGAGGUGUUGCAGUGGCCAGAGCAGUUCUAUGAUGAUUUCAGGGGUACAGUCUGGUGCACCUACCGCAACCAAUACUCUCCCAUCCUAGCACUAUCCCCCAACCUCCUCAUCCCCUCGCCCGAAGCAUACUACGCCUCAUUCUCAUCUCCCCUCGACGUCGCCUCCCCACCUCCCGCGUCACCAUCCCCCCAACAAACACCCACCCAAAACUCUUCUUUCCAAGCACAGCAAGCUCCAGGAGGAUGGUGGGGCAAGGAAGAACGAGGCUUGACAAGCGAUGCGGGCUGGGGCUGUAUGCUCCGUACAGGCCAAAGUCUGCUCGUCAAUGCUAUAGUGCAUAUCCACCUCGGCCGCGAUUGGCGCGCCAUCAGACCGCCUACGCCGCCUACCAGCGCGGCAGAAGCAGAAGCGUUGGAGCAGUACGCAAAGUAUAUCCAGAUCAUCUCGUGGUUCUUGGAUGACCCGUCCCCGCUGUGCCCAUUCAGCGUGCAUCGGAUGGCGUUGAUAGGGAAAGAGCUGGGGAAAGAGGUGGGCGAGUGGUUUGGCCCGAGUACGGCUGCUGGGGCGCUCAAGACGUUGGCAAACUCUUUCGCGCCGUGUGGAGUGUCGGUCGCUACGGCGACAGACUCUAUCAUCUACAAGUCUGAUGUCUAUGCCGCUUCCAACUUGUCUUCUGAUGCUUGGGACCAGCUCAUUCCUGCUUUCAGCAUCGGGCGUCCUAAUCAGACUGACAGGGGGAAUAAGUCUGGUUCGGGUCAAAAGUGGGGUCACAAGGCGGUUUUGGUCCUUGUGGGAGUCAGACUGGGAUUAGAUGGAGUGAAUCCCAUCUAUCAUGACAGUAUCAAGACACUAUUCACCUUCCCUCAGUCUGUAGGUAUAGCCGGUGGUCGUCCUUCUUCGUCCUACUACUUUAUCGGCACCCAAGCCAACUCGCUCUUCUACCUCGACCCGCACCUCACCAGACCCGCCGUACCACUCCAAGUACCCCCUCUUCCAACCCUCCCCACAGAGGAAGAAGUCGUCGGCAUCCCCUCUCCACAACGGCAACCCUAUACACCCUCCCGAUCCCGCUCUCGCCCCCAAGAAUCGCCCACCAAAGCAUCGCCCCUCCGGAACAGCCUCGACAUCAACCCAGAGGUGGCCAAGUACAAGCUCGACGUCGUCAAUGUCGAUGACGUGAGCGAGUCGGACAGCGGGGGCGAAGGCGAGAGGGUGAGGUCGCCAAAGAAGGAAGCGAUCAGGAGAGGCGUCAUGAGUCCGACUGGGACGCCGAGUAAGAAUGGGGUAAAGGGGAUGAAGGACGAUGUGGGUUCGCCGCACAAGAGGACGCCGUCGGCGUCGCCUACGAAAGGGUCUAUCAACUAUUCUUAUCCGCUCUCUGCGAAUAGCUCCCAGCCGGCUUCUAGAUCGUCCACCCCAGCUCGCGAGGUGCCUGAAAUGACAGCGAGGCCCAAACUUGACCCUCAUGCCGAGUGGUAUAUCGAAGCAUACCCUGAACACUUGAUGCGGACUUUCCAAUGUGAAAAGGUCAAGAAGCUGCCGAUUUCGGGGCUGGAUCCGAGUAUGCUGCUGGGCUUUGUCGUGCGGGACGAAAAGGACUUUGAGGAUUUCGUUGACCGCGUCAACAAACUCCCCAAAAAGAUCUUUACUAUCCAGAACGAACAGCCUCAAUGGGAAGAAGAAGACGAUGUCGGCCUCGAAUCCGUCUCUGAACCCGAGCUCGAAUCGGAGGACGACUUUGACGCCCCCGGCACUGCCAAACCCCGUUUUGAAGCCGGCUCGCCAAUUGACAGCGAUAUGAUGUCUGGACCCAGUGUGCUAGCGGCGAGCGAGCUGGAUAUGGACAAGAUCCCCGACAUUCCCAGUGCGACUGCGACCCCGCAGGUGGCGCCGGAAGAUUACGUUGGCAUGUCUGGCUCGACAUCUGCUUCCGGAUCGGGCACGGGACCUACCGCUUCCAGCUCGACAUCAGCGCCGACGACGCUGGAUGAAGAUGAUGGCGAUGGGAGUCUGCUAGAUGGCUCGAUGGAGACUACUGUGGGCGCUGUUGAUAUCGCCAAACACCUCCAGCGGGUUGAUAUCGCCAACAAUGAUGGGGAAGAGGAGGAUGGCGAGUUGGUGGGAGGUACACCUUCAAGUGGCGGAGUCAUGGUGGAACCGCCCUCUGUCCACAGUACGCCCAAUCGUGUACGACCAGUGGCAGACAGGCAGGAUACCGCCCGGCCCGUGUCUUCCUCGCCAGAGGAUAUUCCCCGGCAUGUCCGGCAGGGAGCGGAGAGUGGGCAAGAAGAAGAAGAAGUUGACUCGAAAGCGACCCGUGGGACAGAGCUGCCAACGAUGAGAAACAGGAUGGAGAGCUGGGUGGAGCCUAUCCGAGGCGGACAGGAAGCGCCGAACGGCGAUAAUUUGUUGUAA